AACAUGAAUCUUAGGCCAUCGUAUAUAUAUUACACCCAGGAUUCAAUUUCAAAUAGAUUUGGAUGGUCAACAAGCCAUAGUAACAUGUAUAUUGGAGAAACAUUAGAUGCACUGAUUAAUGGAUUAGCCACAGUCAAUAGUAUUCCUAGAAUAGGGGUAUUUUGGCAGAACGGCAAGUGGUUCACAAAGGAUAAUCGCCGUCUAUGGGUUUUCCGAAAAGCGGAAGAACUUGGAAACGUCGACGUAAUUACAGUGGAUAUAGUUCCUGAAGUGGAACCAAACAAAUUUACAACUUUUAAUCAUGGAUCUAGUGUACGUGUACGACGUAAUGAUCCCGGUGGAGUAGCUUGGCGUCGGUUCAGUGCGGAGAGUAUUAGAAAUCAAAGUCAGAGACAAAUUGCUGCGGAAAAAUCAGAGCCAAGAUCAAAUGAAUAUACAGAUAACGGCUGUGUUCAUACAUAUUUAGGUGUCAAAAGUUUCUGGACAUUUUGUUUGAUAAUAUGUCUUGUUCUUUUCUUCGCAAUAUUUUAUGCAGAAACGUAG